GGGUAUAGUACAUAAUAUGUGUUCGUGUUUCCAUUUUGGCGAAAUUGCAAAUAUCUUUCAAACUAAUAUAUCAUCUACUGACGACUCCCAACAGGCUCCAAACGGCGUCUUUGUUAAUAUUAUAUGUACGUCAGUUUGAGAUGAUCCCCUCAUCUCCUUUUUAUCAUCGCACAUCCCGCCAUCGGAGCAGAGUUCAUCCAUAUCAUCUGGAACCGCUGCGUUCAUCGACAGUGCGUUUCCAGAGGUAUUUUUUGCCACGUACCACCCGGCUAUGGAAUGAGCUCCCCUCCACGGUGUUUCCUGAGCGCUAUGACAUGUCCUUCUGUAAAAGAGGCUUGUGGAGAGUAUUAAGCGGUAGGCAGCGGCUUGGCUCUACGCCUGGCAUUGCUGAAGUCCAUGGGCGACGGUAACCACUCACCAUCAGGUGGGCCGUAUGCUCGUCUGCCUACAAGGGCAAUAAAAUAAAAUAAAAUAAAAACGUUAGGUCCACAUUACCAGAGUUGACUUUCAGUGAAAUCGAAUGGCUUAACGAUACGGGUCUCGUCUCGAAUCCGCGAUCUCGCGAUCGAUUGGAACGCAAAAUGCAAUUGAGUCGCGUGUGCGUUUAAAUAUAGGCCGUCGACAACCCAAUCCAGUAACAGACCAAGUUAUUUAUUUUAGGUGAGAUUUGAGUAUGUCAGAACCAGAUGUUAAUCCAGACCAAACUAGGUCACCUAUUUAACGUUUAUAUGAUUAUGUACUAUUUAGUUGAACGUAAAACGCAUAUAUGUGAAGACUAUCGCGGCUUAGAUAAAUGAGCUAAACCUUGAUUGAAGAAUUUCUUUUAUCUCGCCUUGUAUCUUGUAUGCGUUGCACAUAUUUAUCUGUUUGUUGUUUACAGUUUACAAAACGUCGUAUCUAUACAAACAUACAAAUCGACGCUUGAAAUGCAAACGUGACUAAGCGACAAUAGCUGCUUUGUACAUAAAUGAUAGGCAAUAACCAUAUUCGAUGCGCAAAAAAAUAUAUAUUUCUAGGUCUAUUAAAAUCAUUUCAAUCCUACAGCUAGAUUAUAGCCUACAGCUAAGUAUAUUUUAAAUUGAUUUCAACUUUAAAUUAGUCUACUGUAAAGUUCACGCAAUGCCGCUUAGUCACGUUUGCCUUUCAAGCGUCGAUAUGUAUGUAAAUAUAGUUGUAAUCUUCGAAGUGUGUUUAAUAUCUUUACGCACGGAAAAAGAAGAGAAGGCCAAAUUCAAAUUUGAAUCUAGAGAAAAACUUAAGGACGAGAAAAAAGAAAAGGUAAAGGACAAAGAUAAGGAAAAGUCCAAAGAGAAAGAGAAAGAAAAGGUGAAGGAAAAAGACAAAGAUAAAAAAGACAAGAAAUUGACGAAAAUACAGUCAACGGUGACAUCAGGUGUUCCUUUUGAAGAAAUUUUCACAUUGGGAGUUGCGCUCCCUAUAUUCGGUGUACCACUGCAACAGUCUGUGGAGCGCUCUCGUUGCCAUGACGACACCGGUCUACCGCUGGUCGUCCGAGACAGCAUCGAUUACUUACAGGCACACGGAUUAAAAUCGAAAGAUAUAUACCGGACCGAACCGGAUAAGAUAAAGUUUCAACAACUGAGGAAACUGUUCACGGAUCGAGGGCCUACAUUCCCGUAUCACUGGGACGUUCCUGUCGCUUGCGCUAUGCUCAAAGCUUUCAUCAGUGAACUCCCGGAAUCGAUACUAACACAAGAGCUGCACGGUCAGUUCGAACAAGCCACCGCUAUAGCCGAACCUCAGCGAGAAGCGACGAUGACGAACCUCAUCAAUAAGCUGCCGAACUGUAACCACAAUCUGCUGGCUUGGCUGAUGAGACAUUUCCAACACGUUGUCUCCAAUGAGCAGGUGAAUCAAGCGAACAUACAAACGAUAAUGGCAGCUAUGGGAGCGGCUUUGAAUAUGUCACUCAAUCUGCUGACUUACCUCGUAACGAAAUCGGAAAAACUGUUCCCUAACGUCCGACUCACGAAAUACGUGCCGCCUCUCCACUCGCUGCCGGCCGACUUCCCCGACUCCGCCGCCGAGAUGAGCGCGGAGCUGCGGAAACAAGAAUCUCUUCUCAGUCAGAUCCACGCGGAGAUGCACGCCGGCUUCAUAACGGCCGCCAGAGAUCAACAACUAUGGGAGGCGCAGCGAAUUGUAACACAACUCAAGCGUAAACUUCGUUCGGUACAAAAGUCAACGGAGCCUAACGCGGUGCCCACGCAGCAAUCAUCCGUAGACGAGAAGCAACCGGACGAGGAGACUACGCGAGUGUGCUCGCAGCCGACCGAAGCCGAGAAGCCGGUCCGCGAAGUCGAAAGGCCAGGCCGCGAAGUCGAGAGGCCAGUCCGCGAAGUCGAGAGGCCAGUCCGCGAAGUCGAGAGGCCAGUCCGCGAAGUCGAGAGGCCAAUCGACGCGUUCGAGCCCAAGGAAUCGCCGCUCGACCAAGACGCGACCUUCGAGGCGGAAUUCGAAGACAACUUCGACUUCAAGCCGGACAAAAAAACGACCACAGAUGAGACACAAGCUACGGAACCCGUCCAAGAUAAACCGAAACUCACCGAGAAAGAACUCAAAGUGCUGCGUCUCGAAUUAGAGAACGCUGAAUACCUGCAACUGAAGUCGUUGUUGCAAGCGAAGAUCAAUUCGGAACAAUUCGAGAUUGUCAAGCUGAGGAGCUACGUCGCUCUGAAGAACAAACAGGAAUGCAACCUACAGAAUAACAAAGAUGCCAAAGAAAACUCCAGCGUCGACGAGCAAGAGUUAAAACAGAGGCUGAUGAAAGAAAACGCUUUGCUCGAGCAGAAAAGACUGAAUUUGAUCAACCAGAUCUUUCAAGAGAGGGUCGCGUGCAUCCAGCUGAAGAUAGAGCUCGCGAUGAAAGAGAUUCUGUCUAAAUCAUAAAAUCUUCGAGUCUCGAACUAGUUUUAAGUUUAUUUAUGCACUUCUAUUCCAUGUAACAAAUGUAAAUUAGUAAUAAAACCAGUUAUGAACUAA